CUGGAGACUAUUUAAAGCGUGGGCUAAGGAGGUGUGGACAUCCAGACGGAGCAGAAGUUAGAAGAAAUCAAAAACUUGGAAAUAUUUUGGGGUAAAAAUUCAUCAUGGGAAAUCCCACUAGCGAAGACGUUCCAAAGGCUCGCGUGACCACCCCACGAGAAUAUAUUGAAGAAUGCCUUCAAGUUCAUAACGAACUUCGCACGAAGCACGGUUCGCCUCCAAUGGCAAUUAAGGAAGAGAUGUGCAAAAUCGCCCAAGCUUGGGCUAAUCAUUUGACCACGAUCGGUAAGAUGGAGCACUCUAAUACGGAGGGAUUCGGAGAAAAUAUCUACUGGGCGACGAACGACCCAUCAGCGAGGACCGCGGUGGAAAAGUGGUACUCGGAAAUUAAGGACUACAAUUUCGCCUCCGCGUCCGACCAGCCGCAAAAGGGGACCGGUCACUUCACGCAGGUCGUGUGGAAGGAGAGUGUCGAAUUGGGCGUGGCCAAAGCGACGGGUGCCAAGGGGACUUACGUCGUCGCGGUUUACGCCCCACAAGGGAAUUACAUGGGCGAAUUCAAGGACAAUGUGUGCUCCAAGUAGAUAAAUAAAGUGACCAACUAUACCCGAGUUUGAAAUUUUUUAACCCAUUUUAAAAGGCUCGAAUUUCGGUUAUUUUUAAAUGUUUAAUAUACAUGCAAUCAUACUAUGACGAAUCUGUCAAUUCUUUACCAUUGUGUAAGAUUGAUUGAAUAAUAAAAUAACGCAAUUAUGUAAA